GUCACUGGAUCAUUUUCACCCAGAACCUAAACUUUUUAGUGCGGAGAUUAGAUUGCUACUACUCUUUGGAUCUGAGGAAUCUUCAGACAUCUUGAAUUCAGCGAGAUAACACCACAUCUCUUGGCUUUGGCCUACCUAAAAGCAAAACUCUUACACACAGAGGAUUGCUUUUUCUUGGUACGCACGCCUUUUUCUCUUGGUCUAUGAUAUCAAGCCAGCUUCUUUUAUCUUUGCGAACUUGAUUCCACCUCUUUUUCUAGACUUUGAAGCUGAUACAUAGUAGUGAAGAUGUCGCUCUCCAAGUUCAAUGGCCUGGAGUUGCCGGCCUCAGCUGACUUUCACGUGCAUCUUCGGGAUGGGGCGAUGAUGGAGACGGUGGUUCCCACUAUUAAGAAGGGGGGUGUUAAUACUGUUUAUGUGGUGAGUGGGCUUUUUGAAUUUCUUUUGUUGUUGUUUCUUGGGGGGUUAUCCUGUGGUUGUCUCUUAGAGUUUUGUAUGCUGGGGAGCUUGAGACUUGAGGCUAGGUUUCUAUGUUCUUGGAGUAUUAUGAGGGAGGAGAUAACUCUUUGAAUAUUGGACUUUUUUCAGAAGCCACGUUUUGAUGGCAGGUUGAACUGCACUUUCUCCAUCAAAGGUCCUCGGCAUUCGUUAGGUACAGGUGGAAAGAUCUCAGUUCAGGGAGCAAAGGAAUCGGAUAACAAGGAUAGAAAUAUGCUAAGUCUAAAUGUUUGAGCAGAUGCCCAACCUUGUCCCACCAGUUACUUCCUCAUCAGAUGCGAUGGCAUAUCAAGCUCGCCUCCGUGCAAUUGACCCAAGCAUAAACUACCUCAUGACCCUCUAUCUUCAUCCCAGCAUCACCCCAGCGGUCAUUAGAGGUGCCAAAGCACAGGGAAUUGUGGGUGUGAAAUCCUGUAAGUUCCCAAACCCAAACCAUGCUCAAUUGCCAAAACAUGCCCUUUCUACAAACAGUAUUGCUAAUACGUCAAACUUCCCAGAUCCCGCUGGUGUUACCACAAACUCGUCCUCGGGUGUCAUUUCUUAUGAACCAUUCUAUCCUGUCUUUACAGCUAUGGAAAAAUGUGGUAUGGUUUUGAACUUACACGGAGAAUGUCCCUCGGAUCACGACAAAAACAUUACCAUCCUGAAUGCCGAGAGCUCGUUCUUGCCAACGCUCAAAAGCCUCCACGAGAAAUUUCCCAACUUGAAGAUAGUUCUGGAGCAUUGCACAACCAAGGAAGCUGUCGAGGCAGUCAAAUCCUGCGGUCCUAAUGUUGUGGGAACAAUCACGUAUGUCCAACUUUCCUGACAAAACCUCUUGCAAACUUCUUGCUAACACUCUUGUCUUGACAGAGCACAUCAUCUCUUCCUCACAGUCGACGACUGGGCCGACGACGCAUUUUGCUUUUGCAAACCCGUUGCCAAAUGGCCAAGUACUUUCCCUUCCCAUAAAACACAAACACAAACUAACAUCGCACAGGCGACCGCACAGCCCUCAUCCACGCAGCUCUCUCAGGUACCGGAAAAUUCUUCUUAGGUUCAGACUCUGCACCCCACCCAAUUUCCUCAAAGAAAGGUGGAACAGGCAAGACAGCAGCCGGGGUUUUCACACAAGCAAACGUUACUUCGCUCAUCCUCGACGCUUUCGAGCUUGCUAUCGAGCGGAAACUCAUUAAAGAAGAGGAUGUGACGAAGGAGAUCUUGGAGGGGUUGUUGAGUGGUUAUGGAAGGGAGUUUUAUGGGGUGAAGGAUCUGAGUGGAGAGAAGAUUGUGCUUAGGAAGGGAGAGGAAAAGAUCCAGGAGUUGAUUACGGGGAAGGAGGGGGUGGAAGUUGUUCCUUUUAGGAGGGGCAUGGGAACUUGGAGUGUGGAGUGGAAGUGAAGGGAUUGAGUUCUAUGCUAGAGCUUUCAAG